AUGAGAAAACCGAUUCCCUGUUCAAAACAGUCCACAAUAAUCAAGUCAUGUUCUGUCGGGAUCAGUAAACAAUUCACACCAAAAGGUACAGAUUGUUCAGUAGUGUUCAUUCGCAGAGCACACUCCAUUAACUUCGCUUUACUUCAUGAAGUUAAUGGUAUUAUGAGUGCAUAUCAGUCCGAGAAGUAUUUAGCAGAUGUUGAUUCGUUAAUUGCUGGGUCUGUGAACGAGAUGGGAGAUGAGAGUUUUGAGUCUAUGGAGGAUGAUGAAGAAGAUACUUUUCAACCUCAGAAGGGAAAUGUUGCUUUUGUUUGUGCAUUAGAUGGUUGGGGUUUCUGUAUUGAAGAGUUUGCUGAAUUUUAUGCGUCUAAGCUUGGGGCUAGUGUAAGUGCUUUGCAGAAGGCUUUAUGGGGGCCUCGUUAUUUCAAUUCGAAAACAAAGAUGAUUCUUGGAAAGAAGGCAAUUGGUUCAGGAAGUAAAGCGAAGCCAAUGUUCGUGCAGUUUGUGCUAGAACCACUUUGGCAGGUUUAUCAGGCAGCAUAUGAACCUGAUGGAGAUAAAGCGGUGCUUGGAAAAGUUAUCAAGACAUUUCAUUUGUCUGUUCCUCCUCGUGAAUUAGAGAAUAAGGAUAAGAAAAUUGUGGCUCAAGCUAUUAUGAGUCGCUGGCUUCCUUUGUCGGAUGCAAUCUUGUCAAUGGUAGUUAGGUGCAUGCCUGAUCCUGUCGCAGCACAGUCUGUUCGAAUCACAAGGUUACUCCCAAAACGAGUGUUUCUGGAUUACGCGGCCAGGUCCGAUGUGCAUGAAGAAGCAGAGAAUGUAAAGAAAUCUGUUCAGGCAUGUGAUGCAAGUGCUGAAUCACCAUGUGUUGCUUUUGUGUCUAAGAUGUUUGCUGUCCCUAUGAAGACGCUUCCACGUAAAGGUCCCAAUGGUGAAACUGUCAAUAAUCACCCAGAUGAAGGCGGGGUCGGUGAAUCAGAUGAGUGCUUCCUUGCAUUUGCAAGGAUUUUUAGUGGGGUUCUUCAUGCAGGGCAGAAAAUUAAUGUGCUUUCAGCUCUCUAUGAUCCAUGUAAAGGGGAAGAAGCAAUGCAGAAACAUCUGCAGGAAGCUGAGAUGCAUUCCUUGUAUCUCAUGAUGGGGCAGGGUUUGGAACCGGUGGCCUAUGCCAGGGCAGGGAAUCUUGUCGCCAUACGAGGUCUUGGUCAUCACAUCUUAAAGAGUGCAACCCUUUCAUCAACUAGAAAUAGCUGGCCUUUUUCGAGUAUGGUUUUCCAAGUUGCUCCUACUCUAAGAGUUGCAAUUGAACCAACUUUUCCCACGGAUAUGGCCGCGCUUACAAAGGGAUUGCGUCUUCUGAACCGAGCAGAUCCAUUUGUAGAGGUUAGUGUUUCUUCCACAGGAGAACAAGUGCUUGCAGGUGCAGGAGAGGUUCAUCUAGAAAGAUGCAUAAAGGAUUUGCAAGAGAGGUUUGCAAAGGUUAGUCUGAAUGUCUCAAAACCCCUUGUGUCGUAUAAAGAGACCAUUGAAGGGGAUGGGUCCAAUUUCCUAGAUAAUCUGAAGGUCUUGACUGGUGGCUUGGAUUGUGUUGAGAAGACAACUUCCAAUGGUCGAUGUGUUGUUCGAGUGCAGGUUGUAAAGCUUCCACCAGCACUGACGAAGUUGCUUGAUGAAAAUUCUGAUCUACUUGGAGAACUUCUAGAGGGAAAACCUGCGCAGAGAAACGGCAAACUAUUGGCAACACAUAGAGAAGAGAAUUCUGUAGAAGAUAAUCCAAUUGAAGCACUUAAAAAACGGAUAACGGAUGCUAUUGAGGGUCACAUCGAGAGUGAAAAACUCGACAAGGAUAAAGCUGAUAAAUGUAGAAGUGUGUGGCUUCAGUUGCUGCGAAGAAUAUGGGCACUUGGACCUAGGUAUGUUGGUCCUAACAUUCUUCUGGUUCCGCACGCCAAAGAAGAGAGUGGCGACCAUUCGGUUCUUAUUCGAGGUUCGCCUCAUGUAUCUCAAAGGUUAGGGUUUAUGGAUGAGAAGACAAGUGAUGAAGACAUGGCUUUUGAAAAAUCUAUAGAAAAAAGUAGUUUAUUGUUUAUGGAAGCAGAAAGUCUCAAGAGCAGUGUGUUAUCUGGGUUUCAGCUUGCUACUGGAUCUGGACCUCUGUGUGAUGAACCUAUGUGGGGCUUGGCAUUUAUCGUUGAAGCUAAUGUUAUUCCAGUGGAGAAUCAUUCCAAUGAAUCUGAUGUUUCUACUCAACUAGCGGAUCAAUACGGCAUCUUUACUGGGCAGAUAAUGACAGUAGUGAAGGAAGCAUGUAGAACAGCUGUGCUUCAAAAGCAACCUCGAAUUGUGGAAGCCAUGUAUUUUUGUGAACUGAACACCCCAACCGAACAAUUGGGCUCCAUAUAUGGUGUUCUAAAUAAGAGACGUUCUCGAGUUCUGAAGGAAGAGAUGCAAGAAGGAUCUUCUUUGUUCACAGUGCACGCAUAUGUGCUGGUUACUGAAAGUGUAGGGUUCGCAAAGGAGCUUCGAGAAAAGACAUCAGGAGCUGCAAGUGCCUUACUUGUAUUUAGUCAUUGGGAAGAGCUGUCUGAAGAUCCUUUCUUUGUACCUAAGACUGAAGAAGAACUUGAAGAGUUUGGAGAUGGUUCUAGCGUUCUACAUAACACAGCAAGGAAGCUCAUUGAUGCGGUUAGGAGGCGGAAAGGUCUUCCAGUGGAAGAAAAAGUAGUGCAACAUGCCACCAAGCAGAGGACACUUUCUCGUAAAGUGUAAAAUGUUUGUUCUAGUGAUGUAUUACGACUUCUCUCAGAACUGAAAGUUGUUAUCUUGUUUCAUCAGUUGAUAGGAAAACAAAAGGGGUUAUACAACUAUACAUACAUGUCACCAGAUAUUAUCUAACCUAUAUCCUGUAAUUGGGUACUCUAGAGUAGAAACACAGACACAGUACUAGGCUAGGCCCCAGAAGGUUGAUAUUUCAGUUUUUGUUGGUUCAAAAUUU